ACAUUUUUUUCUUUUUUUUUUAAUAACCUUUUUUAUAGUUUUUAUCUUCUGAAAUUGUCGAAAACAUUUUAAAUUCAUUUCUGUGGUUGGUAGUUAAAGUAGCGUAAUUUUCAACAUAACUAUUUUAUUAACCUGUUGAAGAAUUUUGAUUACUUUCUGAAAUUAGUAUAUUCAAUCCGUUCCGAUAAUAAUGGAGACUCACAAUGAAGGUGAGGAGAAAGUACAAUGCCCUCACGACCCAUCCCACUUUAUCAGGAAAAGCCGCAUGAGCACGCAUUUAGUGAAAUGCAAAAGGAACUAUCCUGAUACGAAGAAAGUAGCAUGUGAUUUCAAUGUUAAUCACAUAAUAGAUGAGCGCGAUAGGCGGAAUCAUCAUGCCAUAUGUCCUGAUAGAAGAGAAAUGGAAAUGGCUGUUCAUUGUGAAGCUGGGCCCCAAAACAAUAGAUUUCCCAUCCCUGAAAUAAAUGUACCCCAAGGAGAAUCAUGGGAUGAUUCUAAUUAUGAGACAUAUGAUCCAAAAAAACGUUGUGAAAAAUUACAAAUAGUUCGACAAGUGGUACUGGAAUCAGCAUCAAAGAAGAAACGUUUCAAGAUGGCCGAAAGAAUGAAAAUGACCCAAUUGAGCAAUCCUGUUACUAGGACGAAUGAAAACAACUCUGAAACUUCAGGAAGGGAUCUACCAGAAACUCGAGAUAAUAUCUUGACGGAAAAUACUCCACCUUCUAAUGAGAACCUCCUGCAGAAGACGAAGAAAAAACAAAAGAAAAAUAAGUAAAAUAGUAUAUGUUUGAAAAUGUAGUUUUAAAUAAGAAUACUUUAGAGGGGGAUUAUGUUUGAGACGAAGUGUUCGCAAGUAGUUUCAUCUAAUAACGUGCGGGAAAUCGCAGGUCAUUACAGACAACAAGCGGACAUUCGAUUGAUAUCCAGUGAACGUUCAAUUUAUAUCCGAAGAAUAUAUUAUGGAUGUCCAGAGUGUACGUACCAACCAAGAUGACCUACAUUUUAAAAAAUCUCAUAUCCACCAAAGGAUAUCCAUUCCAAGUUCAUAUAUCUUAUGGAAACCCAUAGAAUAUUGUGUUCAAUAGGUAUAUUUUAUACUUAUCAGUUGAGCAACAUUUCAACAAAAAGACACAAAAUGUCUCCUAGUUACGCCACUUCGUUCUUAAAUGUUUAAUAGCAUAUUUUUGAAUUAUGUUGCAUCCUCUGAGUAUUAUCGUGACGUGAUAGGAAUACCUACUAUCUAGAUAUUCGUUCUUUUAUGCCAACGACAUCAAAUCUUUUCAACUACUUGUUUUCGAAUAUUUAUAUUAGGUAUGCCCAUAAAUCAAUUCACUUUCAUAAUGUUUCUGGAUUCUUGAAGAAAUAUUUUUCUAUGAUAUACAAUGUGUCCAAAAUAAGGAGAGCCAGCAUGUGAAAAUUGAAAACCCCAGAAGAAACAAAGUCUCAAAUUAGAAAAAGUUGCCUAUUUUAGAUCCUAUUUAAAUGACACCAAAAAGGUUAACUUAUACCGGGUGGUGAUGAGUGGAAAGGGGAAAUGGUCGAAAUAGAAUGGAUGGAAAUGAUAGUGAAGAACAACAAAUCUAAUAAUAUCACUUGAUCUGUUUAAUUUUCUAGACUUUGAAAAAACUACUAUGAGCAAAUUGCAAUAGGUUUUACUCAUUUCUUGUUAUCUCAGCGACUACUUGAAUACUACUGAAACAAAAUAUGUUCUGCCUUUUUUACAGAUAUUUCUUUUGUUCCCUUGAACCGUGGUUGACUGAAUAUUGUUCCUAUAGUACAAAUUCAAUAUGCCAAAACACAGUCUACAUGAAAAAAAUGAAGUUUAUCGUGGAUUUUUGUAGACGAAACGUCAAAAUGAAAAUCUAUAAACGCCAUCUUGCACAGCUUGAGAAGUGUGAAAGUGUUUUUGUUUUUAAUACCUUCUUGAAGAAUAUCAUCAGAUAAAACUGAAACGAAAUUUAUCUGAACCAAUGAGAAUUUUUUUGAUUUCAAAACCUCAUUCGAGUAAACUCUGAAAUGAUCAACAUUUUCAAUUUUAACCGACUUUGUAUCUCUCACGUCUUCUGACUUUUCCCAUGAUGUUACCCUUAUCUUGGACACAGAGUAUACUCCUCGGGUAAUAGCAUUCAAAUUAUACAUCAAAUUACAGUUGAAUGGAGAAAUAAAUAACAUUGAUAUUUUUCCAGAUGGAUUCUAUGAAAGUAUUUCGAAUAUAGUAAACAAAUAUUGAUUAUUCAAUAUGUUUCACUAAGAAACUUGUCCAAAGCCGAGUAAAAGCCGUGAUCUGCAGAUUUGUAUGUCUGAUGUUUCACUCCACAACUGAGACAUUAUCAAAUGCAAUAGGCAACAGACAAAGAGCUCAAGUUGUCCUCACAUCAGAUACUAUAUUUUGAUAGGUAGGAUUUUAAUCGCUAGCAUAAAAUUGAUUUGAAGAAAACGCUUUUCCCACACCAUUUAUACUUAUAAAUCACCUCAGAUAAUGGGGGUCAUCAAAUGAGGUCAAUAAAUUGUUUUUUGUGACGCGUGUUUUCCUAGCCAAGUAAUUAUCAUCAUUUGAUGAUAUAUUCUGUAAUCUGCUGAUGCAUCAUCAAAUGAUAAAUACUUUAUCAUCCAACCUUUGUCAUCUCAUUACAAAAAGUAAUGAUAUAAAUAGACCUAAAUGUAGAAACUUAGUCUUUAUUCUGAUGAGUCUAACUCAAUAAGCUAAACGCGCCUCGAGAGACAGUGUCUUUUAUCUGGUGUGGGAAAAGUUUAUUGUUUUGGUCACUACAUUAUUGGAAUGUUUCUGCGCGGUUUUAUUACAUUGGUGAUAGGCGUGGCUUCGUUACUAUUGGUGCAACAUCUGUGUUGAACUUCUAUCGCCUUAAUAUAUACUCUCAGAUAGUUUUGUCAAGUACUUCUAUUUCUUCAAACAGGAUAACGCAAGUGCCUUCUUUCAAUACAUGCUAAGCUACAGCUUAUUUGUAGGUUUGCCCAAGGCGACAAUUUCUCUUGUGUUCAGAGAGCCGGAAACUUACACUUGUUUUCGUAGUUCCGAUGCAGACUGACCUGCAGCUACAAAGGGAUCCGGUAUACCCCUGGUGUUGCUGAAGACUCUCUAAGUUCCUUGUCUAAUCUUAGUUUCCGUUGGCGUGAAUAUUGGUUUCACACUGUGAUUAUCUAGAAUUUUUCCAAUCCAGUUUGUAACAUAGAGGAUCAAAGUUUUUUCAUUAACGAAGCUCGCUGGAGUUACUUUGGCAUUGUCUUUCCUGGGUCGCCUGCUUGAAUUCUACUUCUCAUUCCCUUUGAAGGCAAGUUUUCGUUUUUUGAGUUUCAUGGGAAGACUCAAGUUCACAGAUGCGUCGGAUUCUCUCAACGUUUUAAUUACAUUUUUCUUUGAGAUGGAUAAGGAAUAGAAAAAACAGGCAAUACAACCAGGAGAGGGUAACUCUAGUAAGGUCUAUUAUUCUGGAGAAACACAGUUCGAAACCAAUAUUCAGUCAAACGAAAACUAAGGACUCCAGAGAGCCUUCAGGAGCACCUUUGGAAUAAAAUUGGAGAAACAUUCCAAUAAUGAAUCUGCUUUGACGACAACUAGAGUACUUCGUCCGCUGCCUCAUCAUCUUUGAUGUCUACAGCAUAAAAACCUGCAGACAAUUGCUAACAAACCCGAAAAAUGUCCAAUUUUUCUGACAGCAGUAUAUGACUGCUCAUAUAUAGAUGAAAAUGAAAUUUGAAAUGAUAAUUCAUUUACAAGGGAGUUAUAAAAGAUUUGAUAUGUGUAAUGUAAUAGUCUUGUUUAAAUUAUGAAAUGUUUUUAUUUAUGUUUCUGUCAAUUUUGUGAAUAACAAUUGAAUUUUACUAGUAGAUUGGAAGUACCAUCAGUUUUCGUUGUAAGGUAAAUUGAGACAAAAAAUAUUUUUGGUGAAUAAAUAGGUAAAUAAUUAGCCUCUUUCCCCAUUUUGUUAAAAAAGCUACAGGGUUUCAGAAUGAAUUAUGUUUCAAAACAAGCUAAGUACACUGAGAAAUUAGUAAAUAUUGAAAAUGAAGCUAAUAUAAAACUUAUCAGAAUUCAGAAACUCAAUAAGUGGAAUAAAGCUGAUGGUACUAAAAUGUUUGUAUUUGCCUUUGGAAUCUGUAGAUGAUUUUAAGCAAAUAGGUUUUAAAUCACGUAUACCUUACUAUCAUUGUAUCAAUUCAGAACUAUUUUCAUAUAGUUCAUAUUUUACUGUGGCUAGUCUCAAUAAAUAGAUUUGUACAUUUUGAGA